AAGGCUAACCCAUUGUAUCUCCUCUCAAUUCUCAAUUGUGAGUAGUUUGCACGGCUGCAGACUGCAGUUUGUCGCACACUCGCACCUCUCUAGAGUCUAGACUCUUUAACUCUUUGUCUAUUUCCGUACCCAGUUCCUUGUUCUCACUUCUCACUCCUCCGUCAGUCCGUCGCUUGCAGGUUGCAGCUCACCUUCACCCUUCGCGCUGAACCAAACCCCUAAAUCUCGUCGCCGGCAUCUUGCUGCUUUCUCCCGCGCACGGACCUAAAAUCCUAUCGCAAGCCGCAACUCCCACCACCGCACGCACACAGAUUACGGUGACUUUGGGCCUUUCAUUUAAUCAUGUCUCUUUUCUUAACACCUGCGAAGAGGCAACAUAGUCGAAACCAUGAGGACUCUAACGGGAAAAAGUUUCAAAGGUCUGCAAGUUUUAAGUCAACGAAACAGCAUAAGAAGACCUCAUCUGCUGGUGCUGUUUUCCGUGUGCUCUGCCCGUCUUCUAGGAUUGAAAGUGUGACUGGAAAGGAGAGCAAUAUCAUAUCACAGAUACGCCAAGAAACUGGUGCAAAGGUCAGAAUUGAUGACUCUGUACCUGGAUGUGAUGAGAGGGUAAUCUUUAUUAUGGGCCCAGAUAAGGAAGCUGAGAGCAGCGAUCGGCAUAACAAGAACGACAAUGAGGACUCGACCUCAGCCAAAGAGCUAGGUAAUUCCGAAGAUGACAAUGUAAACGAUGCAGACAAAGAAACUCCUACAGUUGCCGAAGAUCUAUUGUCUAAGAAAGGAACUUCGUCUGUGCAAAAUGCUUUGUUGCGUGUGUUUGAAAUUUUUUUUGAAGCGGAGAGGGAAACAGAAGGAACUAAUGAAAAUGGCAAUGGAUCUGAUACAGUCACUUUGAGGUUCCUUGUGCUUUCCGGUCAAGUGGGUUGCCUUUUGGGGAGGGGUGGCUCUGUCAUUAAGCAGAUGUCUGCUGAAAGUGGGGCUCAGAUUCGUGUUCUUCCCAGGGACAAGCUACCUCAAUGUGCCUCUUCUGCUGACGAAGUAGUUCAGAUCAUCGGAGUAGCUGAUGCUGUAAAGAAAGCAAUCAGAACUGUUGCAGAUCAGAUUCUGGAAAAUGAACUUGAGGAUCAUGAUUCAUUUCCUUCUAAGACAUCUGGACCCGCAUCUCAUUCACACAGCAAUCAUGUUUCAAGGCCUGAAUCCUAUCCUCCUAGGUCUUUGCCUUCUCACGGGACAUCUUUUGGUGGUGGAUUCCGUGACAGUGCUGAUUAUCAUUCAAGUGGUCCCCCAUUGUUCCCCAAGUUCCCUGAAAAUUUUAUGCCUGGUAGAAUGGAUGCUCCCGACAUUGUCACCUUUAGAUUACUUUGCCCUGAUGACAGGGUAGGAGGUGUGAUUGGAAAGGGAGGAGCAAUUAUCAAGACUCUCCAGCAUGAAUCAGGAUGUGAGAUCAAAGUUCUUGAAGGCAAUUCUGAUGGAGAGGAACGCAUGAUAGUUGUAUCUGGUCCAGCGCACCCAGAUGAUAGGAUCUCUGCUGCACAGGAUGCGGUCCUUCGUGUGCUAAGUCGCAUAGCCAAAGCUAUACCUGAUAGCAAGGAGAAGGGUGUAACAGCCAAGCUUCUUGUUUCCUCCAAUCAAAUUGGCUGCCUUCUAGGUAAAGGUGGCUCUAUUAUUGCUGAGAUGCGGAAGGUUACUGGGGCUUAUAUUCGUAUUUUGGGGAAAGAUCAGAUCCCUAAGGUUGCAUCUGAAAAUGAAGUAGUUCAGAUAAAUGGAGAACUGGAGGUAGUUCAGGAGGCACUUUUGCAGAUAACCACAAGGCUGCAACAUCAUUUCUUCCGUGAUGCAUAUCCCUCCAUUAACCACCCACCAAAUCUUGCAUUCCCUGAUCGAGCUCCCCCUUUUCCUUCAUUUAUGGGAAGACGAGAAGUCUCUCCUCCUGGAAUGUAUCCUAAAUUAGGCCCUUCAUUUAGAAAUUUUGAUUCUAUAGGUGCUCCUCCAUUGCAUGGUGGUUUCCAUCCUCAUGAUGAACAUCCACCAUUCCUGCAUGAUAUUCACAGGCAAGGGAUGCCUAAUGUUUCUGAAAGACCCUGGCACCCGCAGAAUUUAAUCGAAGGUGGUCCUAUGGGUUUGUUGGAUUAUGGUGGACCCCCGCAGAGACGGAUGUCUGGAUUCGGAGGGGGGAGCCAGCAUCCUGUAAUCACCAAUACGACCGUGGAAGUAGUAGUUCCCAGCUCUCUUGUACCUUCAAUAUAUGGAGAGGAUGGUGGAUGCUUACGACAAAUGCGACAGAUAUCGGAUGCAAAAAUUACCAUCACUGAUCCCAAACCAGGUGCACCUGAAACUCUCAUCAUCAUUUCUGGAACUCCCGAGCAGACUCAUGCUGCUCAGAGUCUUAUUCAAGCAUUUGUUAUGCUUGACAAGGAAUCUUCUUGACGAUUUGAAGAAGCUCAUGGCUGCUUUUUUUCAGUCCUUAUCUAGGGAGUAGUCAUUUUUGUUGUCUUUAAUAUGUAACUAAACUUUGGACACCCUUCCCGCUUUGUAUGUUCUUCUAGCAUGUUCAUGAAAUGAAGUUAGUAUCAAGUUAAUGAGCUCACAUGAAUACAUGAUCGCGUCUUCAACAUUCAACAAGGAUAUGCUGUCUUCUAUGAUCGGCCUUCCAUCAUUUUCUUAUGCGUCAGAAUAUCCGACAACAAUAAGAACUUCGUGUCUUAGCAAUGCCAUUGUUCAACUUGGAAAAACAUUUAUUCUUAGGUUGUGAUUGAUUGUUCAUGUAAGCAGGUUAAGGUUUGUACUAAUUCCUUUAUUGGUAAGGUAGUCGUGUUAGAAAAUUUAUGUGUAAUUUUGUAAUGCAAACCAAAUCUCCACCAUUACGGAAAAAUUAAAACUAGAACUUCUAUUUCGUUAUCA